GAGCUUCAAAAACGUGUGAGGAGGGACGAAGGGGCUGCAGACGGAGCCUUAAGCUGCUGCCUCAGUCCUCAGUGCCUCUGCCCACCACCAGCCAGCAUGUCUUCUGCUCACUUCAACAGGGGCCCCGCCUAUGGGUUGUCGGCUGAGGUCAAGAACAAGCUGGCCCAGAAGUACGACCACCAGCGGGAGCAGGAGCUUCGAGAAUGGAUCGAGGGGGUGACAGGGCGCCGCAUCGGCAACAACUUCAUGGACGGCCUCAAAGAUGGCAUCAUUCUUUGCGAGUUCAUCAAUAAACUCCAGCCGGGCUCCGUGAAGAAGGUCAACGAGUCGACCCAAAACUGGCACCAGCUGGAAAACAUCGGCAACUUCAUCAAGGCCAUCACCAAGUAUGGGGUGAAGCCCCACGACAUUUUCGAGGCCAAUGACCUGUUUGAGAACACCAACCACACCCAGGUGCAGUCUACCCUCCUGGCCCUGGCCAGCAUGGCCAAGACGAAAGGGAAUAAAGUGAACGUAGGGGUGAAGUACGCGGAGAAGCAGGAACGGAGAUUUGAGCCAGAGAAGCUACGAGAAGGGAGGAACAUCAUCGGGCUUCAGAUGGGCACGAACAAGUUUGCCAGCCAGCAGGGCAUGACGGCCUACGGCACCCGGCGCCACCUGUACGACCCCAAGCUGGGCACGGACCAGCCCCUGGACCAGGCUACCAUCAGCCUGCAGAUGGGCAGCAACAAGGGGGCCAGCCAGGCCGGGAUGACCGCACCCGGGACCAAGCGACAGAUCUUCGAGCCGGGGCUGGGCAUGGAGCAUUGCGACACGCUCAACGUCAGCCUGCAGAUGGGCAGCAACAAGGGGGCCUCGCAGCGGGGCAUGACGGUGUACGGGCUGCCGCGCCAGGUCUAUGACCCCAAGUACUGCCUGACGCCCGAGUACCCGGAGCUGGGCGAGCCUGCCCACAACCACCACCCGCACAACUACUACAACUCGGCCUAGGGCCCCGGGGCCCCCCACCCCCCCGCCCCGCCUUCCCCCCAGGGAGGCUGCCUGCUGCUCUCGGCAGGGGCCGCGCCGCCCCUGUCGACCCCUCUCCCUGCAUGGCGUCCCCCCGCCCCCCCGCCGCCGGCACCUGCCCACAGGGUUAGCAUUUGGUGGGGGAGGGGGGCAAACUGGGGGGCUUGCGGGGGAGGGGAGGGGGCCCUCCUCCCUGGAGCGCCGCGGGACCCAACACCGAGCCGGGUGUUCCCAACAGCACCCAGAGGACGCACUGAGCAAGGCUACCCCGGCUGUCAUUCCCUCCCCCCUCACAAGUGGGUCCCCCCCAGGACAAGAAGUCCCCCCCCUCCAAGCAAAACCCCCAGAGCCCAGGCUCGGCCUGCCCCCACCCCAUUCCCACAGUGGGAGCAAACUGCAUGCCCAGAGACCCAGCGGACACACGCGGUUUGGUUUGCAGCGACAGGCAUACGUGGAUGUGACAGCGGCGUUUGUAACGCGAGCACUUUCUUUUUCUAUUUCACUGGAGCACAAUAAACGGCUGUAAAAUCAUG